AUGUCAUACGUGACAACCCUUCCCCACAAGCCCAUUGCAACGGGCUCCAAAAGCCAUGUAGGCAGGAUAGCCUGCGAAAACCAUCCGAAGUUGAUCGCGUGUGACUUUGACUUGAUUCGGGUAGCCUCCCAGGGCCUUGCAUGCAUGACUGAUGAUCUUAUCAAUCGUUGUGCUCCGAUAUCUAGUACAGAAAUUCUCGAAACCUUAGAUCAAAUGGAGCUUCUUCUAGGCUUGAUUCGGCAUGGCAUAGGAAGUUAG